AUGAUUGUAGAAACUCUAAUAGAAGGAAAAAUUCCAGUCAAAGCGUUAAUAGAUACAACAUCUAAAUCUAAUACUAUUAGCAAACACUUGUUCGAUAAGCUUGAAUCUGAUCACGGAUUAAAAGGUGUAGUUGGUGAUGAUCUGAUAGGUGAAGAAAUAAAAGGCUUAGAUUUACAGUUUUGCAUUAAAAGAAAGUGGCAAAGCUUAGGUGAUACUGAACUAAUAGACUUUCAAAUUCGCAAAAAUCCGUCAUUCGAUCUAGUGUUGGGGCAAGAUUGGUUAUGGAUGCGUGAAGCAAAAAUAAGCUUUGGACAUUCUCCCAAAACCUGUGUCCGCCAUGCUAAAAUUGUAAUAGAUGGUAUGAGCAUCCCGUUAAUUGAUGGGGAUUUUAACAAAGCCAGCUCCACUAAAAAUAAUUUAUCUAAAUCAACGGAAUCUAAACCUGGUCUAGCUCAAGAGGAGGUUAUAAAUAUAAUUAAUAAAAUUCUCUCAAAUAUCGAAGAUAGACUUGAAGGGUCAUUGUUUUGUAAUAAUAAGCACCGAAAGAGACAUCACGGAAUAUUUUGCAACAUACCUACUGUAUCUCCAACACCCAGAAGAUCGAAUGACGAUGUUCCCAAAAAUAAGAGUAAGAAAAAUAAGGUCAAAUAUUCCACGGAUGCUUCUUCUAAUUCAGACACUUCAGACAGCGAUUCAAGUAAUUCUUCCACAUCUAGUUCGGAAAUAGAAGUUACACAUGUGCAUAAGACUAGAGCAUUAAAGAAACGCCCUAUUCUCAAGCGUAAAGUAAAAGGUAAAGUUAAUUAUCGAGCUUUAUCUUAA